CUGUCGGGCGCGGGCGCAGCCAGGCAGCCCUGACUGAAGUGGGCAGGGGGAGGCGAAGGCAGCGCUCGCCCCGCUGGCUGGCUGGCAGCCCGCUCAGCGCGCCUGGAGCCGGGGCAGAGGCUAUGCUGUGCUAGCCAUGUCCAAGCACCCGCCCUCCUCCCACAGCAAGAACGGGCUGGCGGACGGGCUGCACACCCCCAUCUUCCAGGUGGCCCGCGGGACGGCGACCCGGCGGAGCCGGUUGAAACGAUCCGACGGCAGCACAACGUCCACCAGCUUCAUCCUCCGGCAGAAUGCCCAAGAUGUGAGGCUGAAAGGCUGCCUUGUGGAGCAGUCCAUGAAGGGCUCCUCAGACCCUGAGGAAACAAGCCCCGAAAUCCUACUAGUGAACAAGCCAGCAUCAUCCAGUGCCCUGUGGAGGAAACAGGGAUCAGCAGAUUCAUACACAAGCAGACCAUCAGAUUCUGAUGUAUCUUUGGAAGAGGACAGAGAAGCAAUUCGCCAGGAGAGAGAACAGCAAGCAGCUAUUCAGCUUGAAAGGGCAAAGUCUAAACCUGUAGCGUUUGCAGUUAAGACUAAUGUGAGUUACUGUGGCGCACUGGAUGAAGAUGUUCCUGUCCCAAGCACUGCCAUUUCUUUUGAUGCCAAGGACUUUUUGCACAUUAAAGAGAAAUAUAAUAACGACUGGUGGAUAGGAAGGCUGGUUAAAGAGGGUUGUGAGAUUGGCUUCAUUCCAAGCCCACUUCGGCUGGAGAAUAUCCGAAUUCAGCAGGAGCAGAAGAGAGGACGUUUCCAUGGAGGGAAAUCAAGUGGAAAUUCUUCUUCGAGUCUUGGAGAAAUGGUGUCUGGCACAUUUAGAGCUACACCCACUUCCACAGCAAAACAGAAACAAAAAGUGACGGAACAUGUUCCUCCUUAUGACGUAGUGCCAUCCAUGAGGCCUGUUGUGUUAGUUGGCCCGUCGCUGAAAGGUUAUGAGGUAACAGACAUGAUGCAGAAAGCCCUCUUUGACUUCCUGAAGCACAGGUUUGAUGGGAGGAUAUCAAUAACUAGAGUGACAGCCGACAUUUCUCUUGCUAAGAGGUCUGUCCUAAAUAAUCCGAGCAAGAGGGCAAUAAUUGAGCGGUCGAAUACCAGGUCCAGUUUAGCUGAAGUGCAGAGUGAAAUUGAAAGAAUCUUUGAGUUGGCAAGAUCCUUACAGCUGGUUGUCCUAGAUGCGGAUACUAUCAAUCAUCCAGCACAACUUAUUAAGACAUCUUUAGCACCGAUUAUUGUCCAUGUUAAAGUGUCAUCUCCAAAGGUUUUGCAGCGACUGAUUAAAUCCAGAGGAAAGUCACAAAGUAAACACUUAAAUGUUCAGUUGGUGGCAGCUGAUAAACUUGCACAGUGUCCACCAGAAAUGUUUGAUGUCAUUUUGGAUGAAAAUCAGCUUGAGGAUGCGUGUGAACAUUUGGCAGAAUACCUAGAGGCAUACUGGCGUGCUACACAUACCACCAGCAGCACACCUAUGACUCCUCUUCUUGGAAGAAACCUAGGAUCGACUGCACUUUCACCAUACCCUACUGCAAUCUCUGGAUUACAGAGUCAGCGUAUGAGACAUAGCAACCACUCUACUGAGAACUCUCCAGUUGAACGAAGAAGUCUAAUGACCUCUGAUGAAAAUUAUCACAAUGAAAGGGCUCGGAAGAGCAGGAACCGCUUGUCUUCCAGUUCCCAACACAGCCGAGAUCAUUACCCACUUGUGGAAGAAGAGUACUCUGACACUUACCAGGACACUUACAAACCCCAUAGGAACCGAGGAUCGCCUGGAGGAUAUAGCCAUGAUUCACGACAUAGGCUUUGAGUUUAAGAACCUGGGGGAAAAUAGUAUUUAUUAGUUGACAACUUGCCAUAACAUAGCUAGGAAAAACAAAUCAUCUUAAUUUAGCAGGUAUAACACGGUUUUACUGUAGUUACAAGCUGCUGUCAUUUGAUGCUUUAAAAAAGGGAGAAGGAAGAAAUUCACCAUGCCCUGAUGUUUAGGAGGAAAUUAGCUUGCCCAAUCAUAUUGGACUUUUUUUUUAGCACAUCAUUUGCAUUUAUAGUAGUACCUUUUCUCCUCGUUAGAUAUUCAACACAUCAGUUUGUAAUUUAGGGUACUUAUCAAGGCACAUAUAAAACAAUUUCCUGUGCUGGAAAUUCCAAAUGACCAGUUCCAGUUGGAACCAAUUUAUAAACCAAUUCUUGUUGGAAUUUGGGUGAACUGACUGGAAAGUCGACUUGAACAAGUUGCAAUCAAUUGAAAAAAAAUGCAGAUGAAGAAAUAGAAAAUUAACCACUAUCAGCCAAAAAUCAGCUACAGUAUUUGUUUGCUGGAAGCUAAAUUUACACUCAAGGUUAGAAUAAAAGCAUUUUAAUGUGUAUUCACUUUUCCUGAAUGGCUUUUUCAGACUAACCAAAUGUAAACCAUCUGUAGUGCCAAAUAUCACAAAUUAAUGCAGCAGUUACAAAGUACUUUCCUGUUUGAAUUUUUUUUAUUUUUUCUCCUGAUACAUACAUUGCAGCAAUUUUUUUCUUUUGUUUAGUCAAUACUGAUACUUUUGUGGUCAGCAAUGAUGUUAUGAACUUCAGCAACAUGGAAGAGACUAGUGGGAGUAUGAACAAAUCCAAGCCAAGCAGGAAUGAAGAGUGUGAGAAUACAUGUCUGUUCUUUCUUUGGUUCAUCAUCACAAAAUCCACUAUCAAACAGUAGAGAUGUGAUACUUUUUCUCCCAUUCUCAAUGUUCUGCCUUGUCAAAUGGAAAUUGAUCCAUUCUCCCAACCACACAUGUACAGCAUGUACUGUAUUUACAUUCCCACACAAUUGAGUACCUUCACAUUACAUUUUUCAGUCUCGCUCUUUGAAUGUCUGAAAAUUCCAGAAUCGCACAAGAACCCUCCAUAACCACAUCAUUUAAAUUUUAUUGAUAAAAGCAGACUUUUUUUUCAACACGCCAGUAACUUAUAAAACAAAGGUUCCGAAAGAUACAGCUUGCAAUAAAAACAGACUAGAGUACCAGAGAAGGUCUGCUAAUGGUAAAAUUAUAGAGCUGACAUUUUUAAUUCAAAGAACUAUGAUAAAGUCUUUGGAGAUUUUGCUGCCUUACUUCUAAUGAACACUGCUUUUCACCUACUGACUCUUCAGUUUUUUUAAUGGAUACAUUUAUGUAGUUAGACCUUAUAUCUUACAUUAUCAUUGAAGCCUUAGAUCCAAUAUGAUUGAAAUAAUUAUUGUAAUUGAUCAUUUUAUACAACACACUGGUGUCUUUAAGCAUAGAGUCUUUCUAAAACACCCCAGACACUGCAUGCAUUUUCUAAAAUUGACAGAACUAUGUGAAAAAUAUCAUUUUAUGCUGGUUCAUGUCAAAGCUAUUUUUUGAAAAUGAAACUAAUUCAGUUUUUAUAUUUUUCUCUUUCUUUCCCAAAGCCUCUUGAGAGGCAGGCUAUAAAAGCAUGUAGCACUAAACAAAUUUCCUGAACAUUAUGAUGUCUUCUACCUUCUGCACCAAUUAACAAAGAUGCUUUUGAUAUAUUUCCCCACUAGUGAGCCUUAGUAUCUGCUUGGUGAUGACAACUAGAAAUGUAAUUCACUGCAUAUCUGGUACAACCAAAAAUAAUACAUGUCUCUAGUAGCAAAAGAUAGUGGAUGCAACUCUGGCUUUUUGGACAGGUUUACUGCAUAAAAGACGCCUUUAAUGAUCAGUCACUAGAUGAUUCAGUUGGGCCAAUUGUCAACAACUAAAACAUAAAAUACUUGCAUCCAUUGGAGUAAUAAAGUUAAGAAUUAACAUAUAGGGUCAGUUCCUGCUGUCCUUUUUCAGGUUAAACUCCUAUUGAGCUCAGUGGGAGUUUGGCCUGAGGAACUAAUGCAGGAUCAGCCCCCAUAGUAGGGGCAUAUGCUGCCAUUUCUAAUAUUUUAUGCUAUAGCACAGUGGAACAUUCUCCAAUAAUAUUUACAAGUCUUUGUUACAUGUACAGCACACGUCUGCAUGAAACAAAAGGUAUUAGGCAAAACAUUUUUCUAUAAGCUUUGACAGUUUUUUUUUGUGUGCAUUAAAGUAUUAAUUGCAAAGAAUGCACUGAAAUGUAUAAACCUAGAUUAGACAGCUGUUUAUCUUUAUUCUGUAGUAGGAUUAGGAAUCAGAUCAUUAACUGCUUGAAGAUAUUUGCAUUUUAUGACAGGUAGCGGCAACACCACAUUUUCUAGUAAAUGAGAUUAUUGCUUUAUCAUUUCAGAGACAAAAAUGUCAUUUAUUUUUAAAGCCUUUUGGAGCCUUGUUUUAAAGUCUUCCAUGUCAUGCUAGUAAAGGGAAAGAUCCCCAGAACACACAUGCACAAAAUCCACCUACUGCAUUGUCUGAAGUGCCAAAACCACUUUUGUUUAACAUUCUUAUGAAAAUAACCUGUUGAAAGGAGUCGUGUAUAUGUCUUGAAGGAAAAUUUUUAAUGUUUCACUUAAUUCUGCAGGUUUAUUUUAAGUUUACCUUCCUUUUUUGUAUGAUUUAUACCCCCUCAUUCUAAUACUUAAAUAUCAUCAAAGUUUGCUUGUUUUGUUUUGCUUUUGUUUUGCAGGGAGAUAUACUCUGAAAGUAUACAUUUAUAUAAAAUACUGACAAGAAUACAUUUCAUUGUGAGUAAAUGCUGUUGGGAAUCUUUCUUUUAAAAAUAUUUUUUAGGAAACAAGAAAAAUAAUAAGAGCUGCAAUGCUGAUUAAGGCCAUUUAAAUUCAUAGUAUAAACCAUGUAUUAGAACUUCUACAAUGUUAGCCAGCCAUCUUCUGUGGUUUUUUUAUGCAAUGGCUUUAUGUGAAGAUGUGAAAUUAAUGUAGUCCUGAAUGAGUAGGAAUAAGACUAAUUUUCCAAUCCUGCUAUAAUUUCUCAUGAUUAUUAUAACCUGAUUAUAGUAACGAUCAGGGUUCUACUGCUACGCUCCAGUAUAUACACAAGUAUUUAUUUAGAAAUGUUUAUAAAAUGUUGAUGGUUCUUCGUUAUUUUUAUAGGUUUUUAUUUAAGACUUUUGGGGUUAAUGAUAAUUUAGGCACUGAUAGACUAUGCUGAUAUGACAAUCUCAGUGACAUGAUCAUCUAAAGACAGUAUGCUUCAAUGCAUUCAUUUGCCUGACUAUAAUUGAAGAACAAAUUAAUUUUAAAAUAUGGUGCAUAUUUAUAAGAAUUGUAAUUGUUACCCUCAAUCUUGAAUUAUUAUUUUUUAAUUUUACAGAAUUUUUUUCAUCUCUUUUGCUAUUUAUGUAGUUGAACAUUUUCCCCAUGGGACAGGCAGUUGUAAAUUGGGUACAUUUUCUGACUGAUACAAUAUAUUAGGAAAUUAUUGUUUAAAAAAAAGAAGAUAACUAAAGCUGUUUUGAAGUAAUUUUAACUUAAACACUGUGGGCCAUAUCAUGCCAUCAUUUUCUAAACAAAACUUUCUGUUGAGUUUAGUGGAUCACUGCUUAGACAUCCAUGUACAUUUUGACCCUAGGACCUAGAUUUUGCCCUCAGAAGUUAGUUUCCCAUUGAAGUCAGUGGAAGUUGCACCCUGACUACUUAUUUUUGUGCUCAGUAAAGCAAGAGUAAUUUUUGUAGCAAUAGCUUUGCUAUUUAUGCUACCUCUUUGUUAGAGAACAUUGAGCCUGAUUCUGAUCUCCCAUAUUUCUGACUUAUACUGAUAAAGCCAGAUAUAAAUCAGGAGCACUUAAGAUUAGAAAAAUUCCCAAUGUCUUCAGUAAACACGCCAAUAAAUCAUACUCAGAAUGUUAGUGUUGGCUUUACUGCAAGUGGAAAUACACUUGACUAUGGGCUGGUCUACACUACACAGCUAGGUUGACAUAAGGCAGUUGAUGUUGACCUCCUUAUGUCAGUGUCUACACUACAGCCUUCCUCUCGUCAGUGUAAGUGGCCUACUACACCAACGUAAUAACUCCAUCUCCACCAUAGGCAUAAGGUCCAUGUAAUUAGUUUGAUGCCCUGUCUGUGUAGACAUUGUGUCCCUACAUCCACUGUCUUGUCAGUUUCACAGCAGGAGCCAUGAAACUGACAAGAAUGCCCCUGCUCCCCUGGAGAGCUGGGCAGCUGGACCCUGCUCCCAGCUGGGAGCCAGGGUGAGAAGCCCAAGCAUCCCCUCGCCCACUCCUUGCGAGGAGCCUGCCUGGCUUCCAGUGCGGAGUGGGCAGCAGGGGGAUAAGAAGGGCAGAUGGACUCUGCUCCCUGGCAGCAAGAAGACAUGGGUGACUUCCCCCUGCUCCCGGCGGGGAAUAAGGAGCAGGGAAAGGGGAGCCUGCGGAGAACCCAGGAGCUUGUGGGCCAGCCAAGCUUCUGGCAGGGAGCUGCUAACAGAGCUGAGAGACUGGGCUUUCAGCUCCCCACACUGCCCCGCUAGGUUGGUGGAAGUGCUCCUGGUGAGGACACGCACCACCGACCUAAGGAGGUUAGUGGGGACAUGCACAACAGCAGUAAUUACUGUGGUGGCUGUAAGUUGACCUAAUAUAGGUCGACUUAGGUUUGUAGUGUAGACGUACCCUAUAUUUUCCCCCAGGUUUUAAAGCUCCUUUUACAACUUAUGUUUGGGUAUUUCAUCCUUUCUUUGCUCCUUGCUUUUUAAGCUAGUGUUUGUGAGAAUAAAGAUUGCAAGUAGGGAGGAAAGUAAUUUUAAGAACAAGAAACUACUGGAAAGUGAGUGCUUAUGGCAGUUCUUUUCUGUGCCACAAGCUACCUGCUUCUAUAAAUAAUGGUAGUUUCCAUAGGGGGUGCACAGGUCCAUAACUUCAAGUUCAGUUCAGUUUCAGACAAAUCUUCAGAAUUCACCUUGGUCUCAAUUCCACAUUCUUUGAACUUCCCUGAGGUUCACAGCCCUCACUAAUGUUCCUAUGUAUCAUUCUCAGAAGCACACACUUCAUAGUCACAAUAUCUUAUUGUAUAGUUACUUGAGUAAGCUAGGGCAGCUGGCUAUUUGAUCAGUCCAUUUGCUUUAUAUAGAAAUAAAUUAAAUUUAUCCCUUGCUCAUAUAUUGAUUUCUGGAUUCAGCAGUCAUGAAACCUUGCCGUGACUCCAUGUUGUUCAUGAAUUUUUUAAAAGCAGAGUACACAUCCUGACUGGUGAAUGAAAAGUUGGAUGCAAAAUUGUGUACAGUAGAAUCAGAUUUAUGCAAACUUCUCUGAUCCAUUA